CCUGUGAAAAUUUUUGUUUUUGUUAUUUUACUUUUCUUUGGGUCUGUCUGAGAACCCUCCUUCUUGGAGAAUUAAGAUAAGCGUAGUGUUAUAGUAGCAUUAUCCGACAACGGCGGAGUUUGGCACCUUCACCUGAAAACCCGAUAGCAAUGGCGUUAGAGAGAGCACUGCCAGCAGCAACAAGCACAACCUUCCUCACAAACCCCAAAGUUCCCUCCUUUUUCCCAACCACAACCUCCAACCACAACCACAGCCACUUAGCCUUCGCACGGCGCCGUUUCAAUAUCAAAUGCUCGAUGGAUUACAGUAGAGACCAGUACAACAACAAUGGCAGCAGCAGCAUUCAAGUGCCCAUAGCGUUUCCCAGACCCCCUGAGGUUCAGUGGAAGAAGGAGCUGUGCAAUACGGUGCACCUCAUCGGCGUCGUCGGUCUUCCCAUUGAAAUUAAGCACCUUCCCUCUGGAAAGGUCGUCGCUUGGACCCGCCUCGCCGUCAAGAAAUCAUCUUCCGACACCUCAUGGAUCAAUUUGACAUUUUGGGAUGAGAUGGCGCAUGUUGCUUUCCAGCAUGUAGAGAAAGGCAAUCAAAUAUAUGUCAUUGGUCGUCUGAUUACAGAUUCUGUUGAAACCAAUGAAGGGAAGCAGCAGACUUACUAUAAGGUAGUUGUUCAGCAACUGAAUUUUGUUGAGAAGGGCUUUUCAUCAUUGGUCUUGAAUGAUCAUGACUCUGAUUCAAUAUCAGCAGUUAGAAAUACUGGCAACGGUGCUGCAAAGAACAGUACAGAAACCACACAAGAAUUGUGGCAAGCCUUUUUUGCUAAUCCAGUGGACUGGUGGGAUAAUAGGAAGACCAAGAGGAACCCAAAAUAUCCGGAUUUUAAGCAUAAAGAUACUGGAGAAGCCUUGUGGAUUGAAGGCCGGUACAAUCCGCCAUGGGUGAAAUCCCAACUUGCUAUAUUGGAUUCAAGAAUGGGGACCCUUAAUGACCAAGAUCUUAAGAUGCACUCAAAUAUAUUUGCUGGGGAUGAUUUUUCUCCUUUCUAAGUGCUUGCGGUACUACUUGUAUUGUAGGAAACCAGUUUCGAAGGGGUAAUUUAUGUAUAGAUUAUCAAUUUUUGGUGGAGAUACUGAAGAAUUCGGCUUUGAUUCUCUAGUUUUGUACCCUAUAUUUUGCAAUUUAUAUGAUGUGCUGCUAAUUAUUUGCAAUCCAUU